AAAUACUACAGCGCAUGCGCCAACUUUAGUAGCAGAAAGUGAAACAUGGCGAAGAGACGGACGGUUUUUUCAGUGGCUCCGUAUUUUAUUGUUUUAAGUUGUUUAUCUACAAUAGGACUAUGCGCUAGAGAAGUUGUUUUAGUAGAUUCUUCCAAAUUUCCAAAUCUAAAGAACUGGACAACACACAUAAAUGAAAAAUCAGAUUCCAACACUGGGUGGAAAGAAGGCAGUUUUAGAGACAACGGGAACAUCAUCCGAAUUUUCUCUUCCUGCUCUGUUAGUAGUUCAACAGUUGACAACUGGUUAAGGACUCCUUAUAUCCAUCGACAAGGAGCCAACAGUCUACGCAUAGAAAUCCGAUUUUCCAUGCGGCGUUGUGUUCAACAUUCAGAUCCAAGCACCAUCAAACAGUGCAAAGAAACUUUUAAUUUGUAUUACUAUGAAGCUGAUGAUGACAUUGCAAAUGCACACAUGCCAACAUGGGACUCAGUGUCAUAUACACACAUUGAUAAAAUCGCAGCAGACAAUUUAUAUGACUCAAACUCCAACAUCCAACUUAACACUGAAGUUAGGGAUGUACCCUUAACCCCCGGAAUGGGAGGUGUAUACAUUGCAUUUCAGGACCUCGGAGCAUGUGUCACUUUGAUCUCUGUAAAAAUUUCAUACAUUAUGUGUCCGAAUAUCACCGUCAAUUAUGCAUUCUUCCAAGAAACCCCUGUUGGUCGAUUGAACCCUGGAUUUGAGGAACACACCGGGGUCUGUGUAGCAAAUGCCGCGGAAAAGACCCGCCCCAAGUAUCUGUGUCGGAGUGACGGGAUGUGGACCUACCCCACAGGGCUGUGUCAGUGUCUAUCUGGCUAUGAGGGGCAAGGAGGAACAGCGUGUGUGGGAUGUAGACCUGGUUUCUUCAAGUGGCUCCUGGGAAAUACUCCAUGCAUUCCAUGCCCCUCUAACAGUUAUACCAAUGUCCCGCGGUCCGUGGAGUGUACGUGUGCGGACGGCUACUACCGCAAUCCCAUGGACAGCAAAAACUCCUCAUGUACCCAGCCACCAUCAAAGCCUCGUAAUUUAGUGGCUGAGGAGAUAACCCAUAAUUCCAUUACCUUAUCGUGGAUACCUCCUCAGUCAGACGGAGGGAGAAAAGAUGUCCGCUACAGGGUAGCCUGUACACCUUGUGAGAGUGUGUCCUUCCAUCCAGGCUGGGAAAACAUCAAUCAGACAAGGGUAUCAAUCACGGGAUUGACCUCCAGCACCAAGUAUAGCAUUAGAGUGUCUGCCAUAAAUGGCGUCAGCAACCAGAGCAACAUUCCAGUGGAGUUUGACGAGGGACAGUACAUGACCAAGGCCAGCACCCAGACCAUCGUCAACUUCCAGAUCAGUAAUCGCGGACAGACAGAAAUCACAGUCACCUGGGACAUUGCCCCUAACAUCAGAAACAAGGUUAUGUUCUACCAGGUCCGCAGUGCUCCCAGACUGGGAAAUGGUAUCAUCUUCCUGAAGAAUAUAUCGGCCAACCACCAGAAUUAUACAUUUAAGAAUCUCAACUUAGGAGCUGAGUACAGUCUUCAGGUGAGGUGCUAUCAGGUGGAGAAAGGAUGGGGGGACUUCACACAGCCAAUUAACGUCAUACCAGGAGAACCAAUCGGUAGAUAUGAUGGUAUGGGGCAGUCUGAAAGAGGAAAGAAGGAGAUAGAUCCCCCCCAGCAGCUGUCUGUUGGGAUCAUCAUUGCAGCUGUCCUAGCGGUGAUACUCUGUAUGGCCAUCGCUACCGGCAUGAUAGUCAUCCUCAUCAAGAGAAAUCAACGAGACAGUCAAAAUGACAAGAGCUGCGGAGAAUACGACCCCCAGUACAAUCCCGGUGAGGUUCUCCAUUGCCCCCCUUUGGAGCCCCAUAUGAAUGGUGGAUUGACCAUGCCGUUGUUUCCUCCCAAUGAUUGUGUCAAAUCUUAUGUUGACCCCCAUACUUACGAAGACCCAAACCAAGCGGUACGAGAGUUCACGCGAGAAAUUGACGCCUCCCACAUCACCAUUGAAUCCGUCAUUGGAGGAGGAGAGUUUGGUGAUGUCUGCAAAGGAAAACUACGCAAUCCUGUAAAGCCUGAAAUGUCGGUCGCAAUAAAGACUUUGAAACCCGGCGCAACAGACAAAAACCGUUUAGAUUUUCUGACGGAAGCCAGCAUAAUGGGACAGUUUGACGAUCAGAAUGUUAUAUUUCUAGAAGGAGUUGUCACAAAAAGUCAUCCCAUUAUGAUUGUCACAGAAUAUAUGGAAAAUGGAUCUCUUGACACAUUUUUAAGAAACAACGAUGGGAAGUUUACAAUCAUGCAGUUAGUAGGAAUGAUGAGAGGGAUCGCGCUAGGAAUGAGAUAUCUCUCCAACAUGGGAUAUGUACACAGAGACUUAGCUGCCCGGAAUAUUCUGAUAAAUGGGAAUCUGGUCUGUAAAGUUGCCGAUUUCGGAUUGUCCAGGGAAAUCGACAUAGACACUACUGAUGGGGCUUACACAACAAAGGGUGGAAAAAUUCCAGUUAGGUGGACAGCUCCAGAGGCCAUUGCCUUCCGAAAGUUCACGUCAGCCAGCGAUGUUUGGAGUUACGGGGUGGUGAUGUGGGAGGUGGUUUCCUACGGUGAGAGACCGUAUUGGAACUGGUCCAAUCAAGACGUCAUUAGAGCCGUUGAUCGGGGUUACCGACUUCCACCACCUAUGGACUGUCCCGAGGCACUUCAUCAGUUGAUGUUGGACUGCUGGCAGAAAGAGAGAGGAAACCGACCCAAGUUUGACAUCAUUGUCAAAAGUCUGGACAAAUUUAUCAGAGCUCCAGAACUCCUCAGAAAAAUUGCAAAACCCAGGCCUGAAUUCUUAAUGGACACAAAUCAUCGCACUAUGCCCAUGAAUCGACAAGGAGAAGUUUCUAAUUUCACCAACGUUGAAGGUUGGCUUAUAUCCAUCAAAAUGGAAAAAUACAUUGACAAUUUCCUCAACUGUGGUUAUAGGACAAUGGACCAAGUGUUGAAAAUCACUCAACAAGACUUAGAACAAAGAGUAGGGGUCACAUUAAUAGGACAUCAAAAGAAAAUCAUGAACAGUAUCCAAACUCUGCGUGCACAACGAUUCGGACAAUUCUCUCAAAUGUCGGAUGGAUUCCUCGUAUAGUCCUGUGUGUGCUUGCUUUUACUUAGUGCGCUUGUUAUUACUGAAAUUAUUCCUCAGUUUGUGAUGUUGACUUCUUGUGCAAUUUUUCUUGUCCAGACGAGGGAGUUGUAUGAUCAAUCAAAAAAUACAACAACAAAUCAGGACUGCAAGUGCUGCCGCCUGUGUAUCAAUGAGAGAGAAGAGUUGUCCCACACCGUACCGCAAAAAAAAAUUUUUAUCGGUUUUUCUCAUGUUUUUGCAUAAUGACUAUUCUUUUAGCAUCCUAAGGAUGGCAUUGUUUGAGUGUUUGCUAGAGUGAGAGAAAUAAACUAGUAAGGUUGUGAGAUGAAUUUCUACCUAGUUAUAUGUGCUAGAGAUUUAUUUGCUCAUUGAUAUUUUUUUUUGGUCACACCUUGACAGUAUGCAAUGUAAUUGGCUGUCACUGAUUAGCAAAUAUUCCAGCACCGUUGUUUGACUGCAGGUUCAGCGUGAUGUUUUGUAUGAUGUACAUGUGUGAACGAUUGGUGAUCGUGUGUAUGUCUGUAUGUGUUUGGUACCAGUGUAACUGGAGAGUGUUUCAUUAUUAUUUAAGUCAAAAAAACUGUGUAUCAGUAUUUAUAUCAUAAAACACGUUUAUUUUGUCAACACUGAGAAUUACAUCAUAUGUCUCAAUACUUGGUCAUUUUUAAGUUUCUAUAACUUUUAUUCCAAAACUUAUAAUGUGACAGUGGAUUAAAUAUUUGUUCUGUUUUAACAUGUAAGUUUAUAACUUUUUUUUACAUUCUUUGAAGGUGAUAGUGCAGUUCAGUUGGGUGUUCAUUUUUUAAAAUUCUUUUUAAGGUGCUUAUAGUAGGAGUCAAGAUAUUUUAUGUUCGGUUUGUUUCUAUGCAACAUUUGAACCAUUCCAUUGACAAGUUAUUCCCACUUAUGCCAACAGGACUCAAAGUCUGCAUGUCAUGUUUACCUGUUGCACUCAUUGUUUUUCUGGUCAGUUAAGAAAGCAUAUGUUGAUUCCGUAGGAGUGUUUGCCCACCCCAGAUGAAGUUUUUAUCAAACAACAAAUUAUAGUACCAGUACAUAUCAAUGUUAAUUAAAAAUCUUUUGAAAUUAUAUGAAAAAAACUAAUUUUCAAACCCUACACUGAACAGUUAAGGAGAUCUAUUCCUCAUUUUGUUAGAUCCUCCCCUGAAUACUUUACAAUUCUUACAUCCACCACUCCCACCCACCACCACUUGUAUAGUAACCUGUGUAGUUCAUUAUUUGUAGAUCAUUUUAUUUUGACUGUAUAUAAUUUGUAAAUUCCAAUAGUGCUGUAUAUAGAUACGCAAAGUGAAGACUUAAUGAUGCUGAAUGCAAAAAUGAAACAAGGAAAUCUCAAAAACAGAAGUAGUGUUUUCUUCUUCAUGCAAUACUUGUCAACAUUUUUAAUAAAUCUUCUUUUAAUUGAAUGUUUAAAUGUUUUUUGUUCAAUUAUUUUGUUACUGAUUUAUUUUAUUACUAUGAGUAGCCUAAGCCACCAUCUUUAUUUAUAAUAUUGAAAGUUGAAUGUUUACAAGAUAAAUUAUUUUAAAGUUUAAGGCUGUAAAAUUUAUUUUGUGUAAGAGAAAUCCUUUUAUGUCACUGUUUCAUUUCAGUUUUAAGAAAUCCCAAUAAUUGUUAAGAGUUUGAUUUUGAAAAGAUGUAGUCCAAAUUGUACAAAUCGAAAAAAAAAAAUCAAUAAUUUUUAAGAAUGUUUGUAAAUAUGUUUUGGUGUCAAUUUUAACAUCAUUCACAAAUCAUUGCUUCUAUGAAAUCAUAUCUGAAAUUAAAUUGGUGCUGAAUUUACAAGUUUAUAUAUACAUGUAUAUUUGAUAUUGAUAGCUAAUCCAUUAUAGUUUUACCUCUUUAGUGUACAUUUAACUAAAUCUUUUCUUGCUUCUUUCAAUUCUUUUCCUUUAAGUCUGUAUUUUUAAAAACUGUAAUGGCUUAAAGUUGCGAAGUCAAACAAGUGAUGAAAUAAUGUUGUAUACACUCACUUCAGAGUGUCUGUAUGUUUUUUCUUCUUGAAAAGACAAUUUUGAAAGCAAUAUGGUUCCAUGACUGCUAGAUGUUCAGAAGUACACAAGAUAUCACAAUAAAUAUGUAUAAAAGCUGA